AUGGAAAGACAAAUCCACAUGCAAAAUAUUAUGAGAGAAAAAAUGAUGGCCAUGCAGAUAGCUCGUGCAAGAGAGUUGUUUUACUGGUUCGGGUCAUUUUACCUGAUAUCCUGUGCAGGAAUGCUACUUGGAUUCAAGAAAACUAGAAAACCAUUGACUUUGGUACCAUUUCUGCCACUUACCUUCAUAGUUGGUUAUCAAGCAGAUAUGGCUUAUGGCACAAAGCUACACAGAAUUAAAGGUGAAGCUGAAAAUAUUCUUCAGCAUGAGAGCCACUUAGUGUCACUGCCAUUAGGUAUCCCAGGUUUAACUGCCAUUGAAGGGGCUCGACUUCACCAUUCAAAAGAAGAAAGUCUUCAAAAAGCCCAUGAAGUAUUUUUAUAAAACUCAAACAUAUCUCCUAACAAUUACUCCUGAUGAUUAAAAAAGUAAAAGGAUCAUAAUUUGUGAGUGUUUAUAGCUAAUCAAUAAGUUUCAGUAAUAAUGAGAUUAAACAAACACGUUGAGGAAAUCCCAUGGAAGUGCAUAAUCUCCGAACACAUGAGACUCGUCAUUUCUAUAUUUACCAUGCUAAAAAUUUAUUAGAUUCCCUGAGAAACCCUUACAUUCAAAGUAAACUUGGAGUUGAUGCAAUUUUUAUUACUUAUAAAAAAUAUAUCACUGAUUAAAUGAAUGUAACACGUUAAAUUUUAGGAAUCAUUUUUACUUUAAAACUUUCUUUUAUGGUUUUCCAAACAACAUAUUUUUAAGAUAAUCCAAAGUUGUAUAUCAUGUUUUGUAAAAAUAAGCCCAGUGGUUCUAGUGUACAUCAUAACUAAAAAAAAAGAACUUUUGACAUUUACAGCAUAGUCACUUCAGAAGUUAACCAUUAAAGGUUAACUCAAAAAUAAUGUUUCAAAACAUUUAUAGCAUAUAACAAUACUGAUUGCAAUUACCACAUUAACCUUCUACUGAUCACCAAGAGUGUUUAAUAGAUUCACAUAUCAUCAUGUAUUAUAAGGGUUGAAAGUAGGUCAAAGUUGUUACCAGUUUUAUCUUACAUGUUUUAAAAGUUGACAGUGGUCUUCAAAUUAAAUGGCCUUUUUUUUCUUCUGAACAUAUUUUCUAUUUCAGAAUUCAGAAUAUGUUGUUACAUAAAACUGUGCAAAUUAUAAUAAAAUAUACAUUUUCAAUGAAAUUUAGUUGCAUGAAAAGUAUUUUGUCAUGUUUAGGCAAUGUUUUAGCUAAAACUUGUAGAAAUAUCAAUGUUGUAUACAUGUUUUGUGGUUUUAUAAUAACCUGAGAUAUAUGACAGCUGGCUAGUACAUAGUAAUUAUAAUGGACUUAAAAAGUAUUGAGAGAUAGUUUCUAUUGUUAUUUGUUGUAGAUCGUGAAGUUUAAACUAUUAAAGAAUCAUUAUUUUAAGCUUAUAAUAUGCAAGAUUUAUUGGUACUUAGUAUGUAUAUUAAACUUAAUUUUUGAAUAGUGUUAUAAUAAAAUUUGUUACAUGAGAUACAGAACUCAAAAA